GACAGUUGAUGAAACAUGGCAGCAGUGAAAGCAUGCAGUGUCCUGAUCACAGGGGCAAACCGAGGUUUGGGUUUAGAAAUGGUCAAACAACUCUCGGAGGUCACCUGUCCAAAGCGGCAGAUUUUUGCUUGCUGCCGUGACCCUGAUGGACCAAAAUCUGAGAAACUCAGAGAACUAGCUGAAAAGCAUCACGGCAUUAUCACCAUUGUGCGUCUUGAUGUAGGCGACCCUUGCAGUAUUAAAGAGUCUGCCAAGAAAGUGUCUUCUCUGCUGGGGAAGAACGGUUUAAACCUGCUUGUGAACAAUGCGGCCGUGCUCGCGCAUGGCACCAUGCAGUCCACCACGGAUCAGGAAAUGCGUGAUGCUUUCAACACCAACCUUAUGGGACCUUUCACAGUCACCAAGGAGUACCUGCCGUAUCUACGCGCUGCAGCUAAAGCCAGUGACAGAUCAGGCAUGUCAUGUGAUAAAGCAGCUAUCAUUAACAUCUCUGCCGGACUGGGCUCCAUGACUCAGAUGCUUUCCCUGUACUCUCAUUUUCCAACAUUCUCUUACAGUGUCAGCAAGUCGGGUCUUAAUAUGUUGACUGUAUACACCGCUAUUGAGUUAAAGCAAGAUGAGAUCCUCUGCGUUUCCAUUCAUCCAGGCUGGGUCAAAACUGACAUGGGUGGAGAUAAGGCACCUCUUGAAUCAAGAGACAGUGUGGCAGACAUUUUGCAGGUCAUGAGCAGCCUUACAGAGAAACAACAUGGUGGAUUCUUGGACAACACAGGAAAAACUUUGCCCUGGUAAUGCAGGAGAACAACUGUGAUUUAUUUACACUUGUAGGCCUUAUUCGAGUUCACACUCACCAAUAUUAAUAAAAAUAAUGAAAGAAAUGACCAGCCAUCAAUGAUACGUGACAACAAUUGUACAAUAGGAACAUAUAAUCUUGUGUUGAGAAUGAUAUAGAGAAUGUGGAAUUUCAAUUCCAUGCAAUAACAUAAAGGGGCACUGUCCAAUAUGUGUAAUGUAUCUCUAGUGAAUGAUGGAAAAUUUACUACUAUAUCAAGACCUCAUUCCAUAGAGCCGUUUCCAUGGAAACAUUGUAUUUCACUAGUGAUGGCCUCAUCUCAGUUAUCAAUCAAAGGUCACGAGGAGGUACGAGCAAUGAAGAACCUGUGGGAUUGCAAGAAAUGUAAAUUGCCGCGUGGCAUCUCAAUUGUGCUGUUGUACAAUGGUACAAUUGUUUGUUUUCUUUUUAACUUGUUUCAAACAUGGUAAAUGUUUAUUGGUAAAUAUUGGUCAAAAAUAAACACUCAACAUUU